GCGGGGCGCCGCGAUCCUGGUCCGUUCCGCGUGCCCGCCGUCUCCGCAGUUCCCGCCACCUCCGCGCCCCCGCUCCGGUCCGUGGUGCCGCCGGACCAGCACCAUGUCGCUGUCGCGCUCGGAGGAGAUGCACCGGCUCACGGAAAAUGUCUACAAGACCAUCAUGGAGCAGUUCAAUCCCAGCCUCCGGAACUUCAUUGCUAUGGGGAAGAACUACGAGAAGGCCCUGGCAGGUGUGACCUAUGCUGCCAAAGGCUACUUCGAUGCCCUAGUGAAGAUGGGUGAGCUGGCCAGCGAGAGCCAGGGCUCCAAGGAGCUGGGAGACGUCCUUUUUCAGAUGGCUGAGGUCCACAGGCAGAUUCAAAAUCAGCUGGAAGAAACGCUGAAGUCUUUUCACAACGAGCUGCUCACGCAGCUGGAGCAGAAGGUGGAGCUGGACUCCAGGUACCUGAGUGCCGCACUCAAGAAAUACCAGGCGGAACAACGGGGCAAGGGCGACACGCUGGACAAGUGCCAGGCGGAGCUGAAGAAGCUUCGCAAGAAGAGCCAAGGCAGCAAGAACCCCCAGAAGUACUCAGACAAGGAGCUGCAGUACAUUGACGCAAUCAGCAGCAAGCAGGGUGAGCUGGAGAGCUACGUGUCCGAUGGCUACAAGACCGCCCUCACCGAGGAGAGGAGGAGGUUCUGCUUCCUGGUGGAGAAGCAGUGUGCCGUGGCCAAGAACUCCGCCGCCUACCACUCCAAGGGCAAGGAGCUGCUGGCGCAGAAGCUGCCCCUAUGGCAGCAGGCCUGUGCUGACCCCAACAAGAUCCCGGACCGCGCCGUGCAGCUGAUGCAGCAGAUGGCCAGCAGCAAUGGCUCCAUCCUCCCCAGUGCCCUGUCAGCGUCCAAGUCCAACCUGGUCAUCUCAGACCCCAUUCCUGGGGCUAAGCCACUGCCAGUGCCCCCUGAGCUGGCCCCAUUUGUGGGGCGACUGUCUGCCCAGGAGAACACACCAGUCAUGAACGGUGUCUCUGGCCCAGACAGCGAGGACUACAGCCCCUGGGCCGACCGCAAGGCCACGCAGACCAAGGCCUCGCCUCCUCCCCAGGCCCAGAGCAAGCUGAGCGACUCCUACUCCAACACGCUCCCCGUGCGCAAGAGCGUGGCCCCGAAGAGCAGCUACGCCACCACCGAGAACAAGACCCUGCCCCGCUCGAGCUCCAUGGCAGCUGGCCUGGAGCGCAACGGCCGCAUGCGGGUGAAGGCCAUCUUCUCCCACGCGGCUGGGGACAACAGCACCCUGCUGAGCUUCAAGGAGGGCGACCUCAUCACCCUCCUGGUGCCUGAGGCCCGUGAUGGCUGGCACUAUGGCGAGAGUGAGAAGACCAAGAUGCGGGGCUGGUUUCCCUUCUCCUACACUCGGGUCCUGGACAGUGAUGGCAGUGACAGGUUGCACAUGAGCCUGCAGCAGGGGAAGAGCAGCAGCACAGGGAACCUGCUGGACAAGGAGGACCCGGCCCUCCCGCCCCCCGACUACAGCACAUCCUCCCGCGCCUUCCCCGCCCAGACGGCUGGCACCUUCAAGCAGAGGCCCUACAGCGUGGCUGUGCCCGCCUUCUCCCAGGGGCUGGAUGACUACGGGGCACGGGCUGUGAGCAGCGGCAGUGGCACGCUGGUGUCCACAGUGUGAGGACGCUGACCAUGGGCAGCUGCUGCUCGGAGCCCCCCCCCCACCUGUCUGGUUUCCUCCGCAGCUCUUGUUGGUUUGUUCUUGGGUUAUUUUUCUUUCCCACGUGCCCCCCGCCUUCUGGUUGGUGACCCCAGACUCUGCGAUCCCCCAGGGUCCAUGGUGCUGCCCCGUCUCUGCUCCCUGUGUCAGCGCGCCCCAGCCUGUGUGGCCCGCCAGGCAGCUGGGAGGUGCCCUCACCUCCGCCCAGCUGCUGGGUCAUGAUACUCUGUCCCCUUCUGAAGGCUCACCGUGAGCCAGGUCUAAAGUUUGAGGAAAAAGAAAAACCCUAAAAAAAAAAAAAAGACGAAAAACAGGAAAAGGACUUUUUUUCCUGAAAAACAAAAAACAGACAUGCAUGGCCUGCGGUGUGCGUGCUGUCAUUUCUGCAUCUGACCCCCCAGCGCAGGCUGGUGUCCACGUCGGACGGGAGGGUGCCGGGCUCCGGGGCUCAGGGCCGCACUGAGAGGGGCUCCUGCCGAGCUGGGGGCCUCCUGAGGAAGCUGGCCGCUCCUGUGAGGGAGGCCGUGACCCCUGGCCCUGCCCGGCCCACCAGGCCAGGCUCCCGAGGGCUCCUUCUGCACAUUGUUGGACAGUGUACAGAGACCACAGUGUGGCGUCGUUCUUAGCAGGGCAUGUGACCUCACACAGCGUGCUGGCGGGGAGGGCCUGGGAGCAGGCGCUGCCCGGCCACACUGGGACAUUCCAAAGAGCUCCAGGGACCACCCUCCUUUGACGUGUUCUGAAAAUCGUUGCUUUAGCCAGCCUCGUGAGGGGGUCGUGGCCACCCAGCUGCAUGGGGCAGGGGCAUGUGGCUGGGCCUGGCAAGGCUGGCCCCAGGGAGGGCGGCUUGGGGCAAGUGCCCCAGCCUGCCACCCAGGGGCAAGCAGGCAGUCCCUGCCCCGUCCUCCCUAAAUGCUCUUGUCUUUUUGUGUGUCUUGGUGACUUCAGAAAGAGACAUGCUGGGCUCAGUGGCUACUGGUAUCGCCUCUUCACACCCUGAAUCUGGGGAGUGGGUGAGGGCGCGGCCCCGCCCGGCCCUUCCCACGUGGGAGCCCCUGGGGAGCCGUGGGUGCUCCUUUUUCUGAUGCGAUUUAGCAAAACCCUCCUGCCCACCCUGCCGUGGCCUAGGAUGUGGCUGGUAGUGUUUGUGGGAGAAGCAGUUCAAGACAGACCUAGUUUUAUAUUUAAGCAAAACACAAAGCCAGAACACGGACCUAUGUAAAAAGAACCUUCUGUGUUGGUCUAAUUUUGCUAAAAGAUCUCAAAUCCAGGGGAUUCCAUGCUCAAUGGAUGAAUGUAGAUGCAAAACUUGUAUGAAGAUGUAAAGUGCUGAAAAUAUUUUUCCCGUUUUCUUUCCCCCCUUUUUUUUAAUCUGAGUUGCGCCCUGUACUGCAGUUGUUUGAAUAAAAGUUUUAUUUAUUGCAUUGA